AACAGAUCCUAAUCCACUCUCAACUUGACUCUAAAUAAAGUCAUAGAAAAAGCUGUUGUUUUAUCACCAAGCAUCUUCUUGCGUGUAGCUAACUGUGUUCACUGGAAACUCCUCUGUCCCAAAGCAAAGCAAAACAUCAUAUUCAAAUCACAAUGAAGGAACUGGGCGUGAUCGUCAACACUGAAAAUAACACUUCCGCCACUCUCCUAUAACACCCUUUUUCCUGUGUCUUGCUUCUUGCAGUUGCAGUAAUCAGUCGCUCAAGUUUUUUGGCAUAGUUUCAGCUCAGCAAUCUCUGAUUUGGUGCCGGCCUUUUACCUUCAUACUUGCCAUCAUCUUCAGAGUGUAGACUAGCAACUAGAAAAGCACACCCUUUUUCUACUCCAAACUCAUACUGAAAACGGAUGGAUGAGAAGUACUAAGCAACUUCUUCUGCACGAGAAAUUCCUUCAUCGCCAAACACAAUGAAGGAACUGGGCGUGGUUGCAAUCCUGUUGUCAAUAGAGUUCUUUGACGUGAUUGUCUACACUGUAAGCAAAGCAGCCAUGAAGAAGGGCAUGAAUGACUUUGUGUUUGUCAUGUACUCCAAUGCCUUCGCAACUUGCCUCCUUCUUCCCAUAACUUUUAUCUUUUAUAGGAAAAGAGCUCUUCCUCCACUCACAUAUUUCAUAGUUGGCCAAUUAUUUAUUAAUGGCUUCUUAAGUUGCAGUGUUCAGAUGCUCAGGUUUUUUGGAAUAGGUUACGGCUCUCCCACUUUGGCCACUGCAAUGUCUGAUUUAAUCCCUGCUUUUACCUUCAUACUUGCCAUCGUCUUCAGGAUGGAAAUUUUGGAUUGGAAAACUAACAGUACUCGGGCCAAGUCCAUUGGCACAUUGGUAUCAAUCGCUGGAGCCUUAAUAAUUACUCUGUACAAAGGCCAGGCAGUCAUAAACAAUCAUCCAUCAAAUAAAUUGUUCCCCAAAAAACAUGUUUCAUCUGAGCAAUUUGACUGGGUAAUAGGGGCAGUGUUGCUUGCGGGUCAUAGCUUUGUUCUCUCAUUGUUGUUCAUAGUUCAGACAUGGAUAAUCAGAAAUUACCCUGCAGAGCUUGUGAUAGUGCUCACUCGCGGUACAUUAGUUGCUAUGCUAUCUAUCCCACCUUCACUGAUUUCAGUAACGGAUCCAAAAGCUUUGAGAUUAGGAUUUGAUGUGAAUUUGAUAGCUAUUGCAUUGCAAGCAAUUUUUGGUGUAUCCCUUCGAAGUAUUGUUCAUAUAUGGGUCAUGAGCAAGAAGGGCCCUCUCUAUGUUGCAAUGUUUAAGCCAAUUGGAAUCAUCUUUGCGGUCAUCAUGGGAAUUGCCUUUCUUGGUGACUCUAUCUAUCUUGGAAGUGUGCUUGGAGCAGCCAUAGUGGUUAUUGGGUUUUAUGCUGUUAUUUGGGGGAAAAGCCAAGAGCAAGCAAAGGAAGAGUGUGAAGUUUAUGAUAACUCGGAAUCAUACUCACCCGUUGUCCCUCUUUUGAAGAACAAGAGAAUGGAGGAAUAGAAUCAUAACAAUCAUUUAAUUUCUCUAGCUUUAAUAUAAAUGUCUCAUGUAAUAUUUUGAAAACAGAUUGAAUUAAUAAAAAAAAUUUAGUCGUAGUUUGGUUGAUUUGAAA